AUGCUAUACACACACGCAACAAUAAUCACGGUCGAUCCCUCUCGGCGCAUCAUUACUGAUGGAGCCAUCCGCGUCCAGGGUGAUUCAAUCGCCGAUUUAGGCAAGACGAAGGAGCUCAAACGACGUUACGCCGACGACGAAGAAUACGAUCUCACUGGCCGAAUUAUCAUCCCCGGAUUAAUUUCAACACACGUGCACACAGCCCAAACCUUACUACGAGGCGCAGCUGAUGAUUUAGAAUUGGUUUCAUGGCUCUGUGAAAGGAUCUGGGUGUUGCAGGGCAACUUCACAGAAGCUGAUGGCUAUGCGGCAGCACGGCUUAGCAUUGGUGAGAUGUUGAAGACAGGAACCACAUGUUUCUUAGAGAGUAUGUUCGCCGAUAGGUAUGGCUUUGAUGGACUCUGCCGUGCUGUCCAGGAAAGUGGUAUCCGCGGCUGUCUUGGCAAAAUCGUCAUGGAUAUUGCCAAAUACGCCCAAGACGAUGCCUGGGCGAUGCACCCCGGUCUAGUUGAAGACAGAGAAAUGUCAUUACUAGGAACGGUGAAGAUGUGGGAGAAAUGGAAUGGUAAGGCGGAUGACCGAAUUCGGGUGUGGUUCGGAGCGAGGACUCCUGGAGGAGUAUCCGAUAAUCUUUACCAAGAAAUGACAGAAAUAUCACGCAAAAAAGGUAUCCCUAUCACAAUGCACUGUGCCGAAGUCCGUGCCGACCGCGACUUCUUCGCCUCCGUCUCCCACACGCCUAUGUCGUAUUGUGAUUCCGUGGGACUUCUCUCUCCUUCAACGGUGCUGGUCCACAUGGUCCAUCUCGACGAUUCCGAUAUCAGGCUGCUCUCCGAAUCUGGCACUCACGUUGCACACUGUCCGACAUCAAAUGCGAAGCUCGCGUCUGGUAUCUGUCGUGUUCCGGACCUGCAGAAGGCUGGUGUAAAUAUCGGUCUGGGCACGGAUGGUGCACCAUGCAACAAUUCCUGCGACUUGAUACAAGAGAUGAAACUCGCAGCUAUCAUCCAUAAAAGCAUUUCAUAUGACCCCAGAGCCGUUCCGGCGGAAUCGGUCCUAGAAAUGGCCACGAUCAAUGGCGCUAAGGCGUUGGGGUUGCAAGAUCGCAUUGGCAGUUUGGAAAUUGGUAAGAAGGCUGAUUUUGUAGCUAUUGACGUCCGAGGGAUUCAUUCUCAGCCCUGGUUUAAUGCCGUUAGCGCUGUGGUGUAUACGGCGACAGGGAGAGAUGUUGAUGUUGUGGUUGUGGACGGCAAGAUGGUCGUGAAGGGCGGAGAGCUGCUCACGAUGAAUGAGGAGGAGAUUAUAGAAGAGGCUGUUACGAGAAGUCGAGAAGUAGUAGAAAGGGCAGGUUUAACUGAGAAGGUAAAAGGGAGAUGGCCUCAAGAAUAG